AUGGUGGAUCCAGUCUUCUUGGGUCUCAUCGGGCUGGGUGUAGUGUUAUCAGUGAUAUGUUUUUUCAUCUUGAAAAUGGCACCAAAAGAGAAAUCUUUCGAGGAGGUAAGUUCAUUUACCUACGAGGUAAAACUAAAAAUUAUAGGUUUCUGGAGCAUUUUUGUGUUAGUAAACCUAUUAUUUUAUCGUUGUGAUCGUAUAAUGUUAUUGUUUUUACAGGCUUAUGGCAAGAAUGCGAUGAAGUUGUUGAGUGAGGAAAAUAAUAAAUCGAAGCAAAAGCCAAAGAACAAGAAGAGUAAAGAGGUACGUUAAGGUUUUUUGUAUAUUAAUUUGUGUUUAGAAAAAGGAACCUGAAGAAAAGAAACCUGAGCCAGCAGAAAAACCUAAGCCAGAUUCCAAAUUUGAAGUAAAAGACAAGAAACCAGAGGAGAAAGUAGAACAAAAGAUUGUGAAACCUGUUGAGCAGAAAGAUGAUAAUGGUGAGAACUUUAUUUUUUACGUUUGAUUUUUAGGGAGUUUUGAUAUUGACUUAUUCAAUUUUCAGAACCAAAGGCUCCGAAGAAAAAGAACAAAGCUGAUUCAGAGCUAAAGAAAGCUGAAUCCAAGAAGAACGAUAACGUCACGGAGCAAGUCCAAGUGAAGUCUGCCUCACUUCAAAACAGCUCACCUCCAAAACCAAAAACCAAGAAAGCUGGACCACUGAACUUUGACCGCCUUCUAAAUCGCCUGGCUGAACUUGACUUGGAAUCAGAGGUCGUCGAAUUCAUUAAAAAGCUGAAUGAACAAGUUCAAUCGGCUGAAAAGAAAAAUAAAGAAGAUCAGAAGUUUAAGAAAGAGCUGACUGAUAAGGAGAGGGAAAUUGACAGGUUACAGGACAUUCUGGAGACUUCCCACACCGAGAUUGCCAAGGUGAAGAGUUUGGAAGAGGCUUUGGCUGAAUCUAAUGGAAAGUACCAAUCUGUAGAGCUAUCAUUGAAGAAUAAGCUAACUGAGCAUCGUCAAGUAAUAUUUACAUACUUUUUUAUCUUUGGAUAGAAAACUCUGUAAUUUUAUGUGUUACUGAAUUUUGUAUUUUAGCUCACGGAGAAGGUCGCGUAUCUCCAAAAACAACUUGCUCUUAGCGCCAGCAAGGCAUCUCAGUCCGAUCAGUUAGCUCAAGAGCAUGAAAAGAUCAAGAAUGAGUUUAAUCAGAAGAUGAGCCAGUUGGUUAUCGACGCCAAGAAGGAUGAAUCUAAGGUCAAAGAGUUGAUCGCGGAACGAGACGGUCUUCAUAAACAACUGGAAGAGCUGAAGCUUUCUGCUGGAGCGGUGGAAAAGGUUGCCCAACUUGAAAAGGAGAUAAACGAAGCUAAGGAAACCGUGCAAAGAUCGUUGGAUGAACUGAAGGAAUCCAACGAAAAAUACCAAACUAUCGACCAGUCUUUGAAGGCAAAAUUGAGAGAAGAACAACAGGUAGGUUUUGGUUUUUUAUUUGCAAUUGGUAUGUUUUAGUGGAUGGAGAAGGUCGUCUCGCUGCAAAAACAGUUGGCGGAAAGCGAGACUAUUGUCGCUAAAGCAAAUCAGCUAAACAAGGAGAACGAACAGUUGAAGAACGAGUUCAAUCAGAAGAUUAACAAGCUGGCUGAUGAUCUUACUCUUUAUGAAACGGAAAACAAGAACUUGAAGACGGAGAAAGAUCAGCUGCAAAGCAAAGUAACUGAAUUGCAGCAACCCAAAGAAGCUCCAAAGGAAACGUCUUCUGAAGAUGCUGAAAGAAUUAAACAGUUAGAACAGGAACUGGAAGAUCAGAAGCGGCGAAAUAAAGUAAGUUCCUAAUAAGGAUAGUUUAAUUUUAACUGUGUGCAGGUGUCCAUUUGUCUAACCACAUACUAACAUUUCUUUCUGUAGGAGCUUCGGGAGCGGAAUUACAAGCUUUUUGAUUUGGCCAAAGAAAAGGAGGAGUCUGUUAGGAGCGUCAAACCGUCACAGUCGGGUAGUGUUAAGGUGUGCUUUUUAAUUAUUUCGUGAAUUGGGUACACGUAUUUUUAAUAAAAUAUUUGUCGACAGCCAUUAACUAGUUUUUUUGCAGUACUUAUGUAUAGUAUUCUUGUAAAUAGUAAUUGUCUUUGUUUUAGGAGGAAAAGUCGAAUGACGCUGAAGAACUAGUCAAAAGCUUGGCCAAGGCCUGUGGACUUUCAUCGCCAAGUGAUUUCAACAGUCAAUCGAUCGAGAAAUGGUUCAAACAGGCCAUCAGCGAUAUCACAUCGAAACAUGAACAACAACCAGCUAAUGGAACCAGUAGUCAGGACGUUCAUGCUUUAGAAGAAGAGAUCAAGAAGCUGAAGAAGGAUGCUGAGCAUUAUCAAGUUGCCAUAAACGUUGCGGUAUGUUUUUAUGGACUUGUUAAGAACAUUGAUAUUACUGAAAAUGUUAUACUAUUUAGUUGAUACACGUAAAACGAUUUGAUGAUUUUAGUACGAACAACUUGAGCACGCUGCAAAACUUGCGGAUGAUAUUCAAAAUAAACAUCAUCACCCCCAUCACCACGAUCAUCAUCACUCUCACCACGACCGUCCUCAUCACGACAACCAUCAUAAUGAGAAAGUAAGCAUUCGAUCGAGGUGAUAUUUUUUAAAUAGUAGUUUCAGUCUCAGAAUCUAAGUCAACGUCGGAACUCGGUCCCGUCUCAAUGCUCCGAGGAAUGGGAGGUCGUAGGGUAA